GAGCCAAAAACCCUAGCAUCCUAGAAUGCUAUAAAUAUCAACGUCAUUCUCAUUUCCAAUCCAUCACUCAAAUUCCUCUAACCUUAGCAUCCUUCUUAUUUAGAUAUCCCAAAUGGCUCAAGCAAUUGCUUACCUCGAUGACAUCAAACCAUACAAAACCACUUGGAGAGUUCAGGUCCGUGUCCUUCAUACCUGGAAGACAUUUACCACAAAGUUUGGUGAGACUUUCGACAUGGUUCUGUCUGAUGUCAAAGGCAAGAAGAUCCAUGCGUCUGUGAAGAGAGAGCAUCUCAACCGUUUUGAGAAGCUCAUGGUUCCAGGAGAGUGGAAGGCUAUUGAAAACUUUGGAUUGACUUAUGCAACUGGUCAGUUCAAAGCAACUGAUCAUCGUUACAAAAUGGGCUUCAUGGCUCAAACAAGAGUUGUGAGGAUGGACCCAUUGUCUGAUUCUUAUUACCUGUCAUUGACUCCUUUCAAUGAUGUUUUAACUGGUGGUCUCAACCAGAACUACUUGAUUGAUGUUGUCGGUCAAAUCGUUAAUGUUGGUGAAAUGGAGACUAUCGACGUGCAAAAUAAACCUACUAAGAAGAUUGAUUUUGAACUGAGGGAUCAUACGGAUGAAAGGCUACCCUGUACUCUAUGGGGUUCAUUUGCAGAACAAGUUUUCACUGCCUGUGAAGCUUCUGCUGGUGAGAUGGUCAUAUGUUUGGUGAGAUAUGCUAAGAUCAAGACUUACAAAGGUAUUUUGUUUUGGUAUUAAUAUCAUACUUAUAGUUUUUUUAAAUCUUUUAAAAAUUGAGCUGAUGACA